GUAGCAGCUUCUCUGACCUCUUCAUUGGUAAGGUUCCUCUGGGGUGAGUCAGCGGAGAAGGCCUUUCAGGAGCUGAAGUCACGUUUUACCUCUGCUCCUAUUCUGACCACGCCUGAUCCAUCCCGCCAAUUCAUUGUUGAGGUGGAUGCCUCGGAUAGUGGAAUUGGAGCGGUCCUGUCUCAAAGGUCAGCUAAGGAUGGUAAAGUACACCCCUGUGCCUUCUACUCCUAUAGACUGUCUCCGUCUGAACGGAAUUAUGACGUUGGAGAUCUCCUUGCUGUGAAGAUGGCUCUACAGGAGUGGCGUCACUGGCUGGAGGGUGCAGAACUCCCAUUCCUCAUCUGGACAGACCAUAGGAACUUGGAGUACAUGAAGUCUGCAAAACGGCUAAAUGCCUGUCAGGCCAGGUGGUCCUUGUUUUUUUUUAACCGUUUUAACUUCACUCUGUCUUUUCGCCCAGGUUCCAAAAACGGAAAGCCAGACGCUCUCUCCCGCCAGUUCUGUGCUCCUGAGGUGUUGUGCGGCUGAAACCAUUCUGCCCACUAGGUGUCUGGUAGGGGCUGUGUCUUGGGGGAUUGAGAGGAGGGUCCAGAGGGCACUGCAGAAGGAGUCCAGUCCGGAGGAUUGUCCUACUAACUGUCUGUUUGUUCCGAGGUCUGUUCGCUCUGAAGUCCUGCAGUGGGGUCACUCUUCCAGCUUGGCGUGUCAUGCUGGGAUCAGGAGGACGAUGGCGUGCCUUCGCCAACGCUUCUGGUGGCCUAAGAUGGUGGAUGAUGUCCGCUCCUUCAUUGCGGCCUGCUCAACCUGCGCAUGUAAUAAGACCUCCAACCAACCACCUGUGGGUCUCCUUCAACCUCUGCCGGUUCCCAAACGACCAUGGUCCCACAUCGCCCUGGAUUUCGAGUCAGAGGCCUCUGUUCCCUCUGUCCAGGCCUUCAUCCGACGCUGCAAAUCCACUUGGAGACGAGCCCGGGCCGCGUUGCUGCACUCAGGUUCCCAGGUCAAGCGGGGGGCAGAUCGACGAAGAGUCAAGGCACCUCACUACCGGAGGGGGCAGAGAGUCUGGCUCUCCACCAAGGACCUGCCGCUGAAGGUAGAGUCCCGGAAGCUGGCCCCUCGGUUCAUCGGACCUUAUCUGGUCGAACGGGUCCUCGGUCCUUCCGCAGUCCGGCUGAGACUACCUUCAUCCCUUCGCCGGAUACAUCCAACCUUCCACGUCUCAAAGAUCAAGCCUGUCCGCCACAGCCCCCUUUCUCCACCGGCUGUGGCCCCCCUCCCCCCCUUAUCAUCGACGGGGCUCCUGCCUUUACAGUCAGGAAGUUGCUGGAUGUCCGGCGCCGGGGACGAGGGCUCCAGUUUUUGGUCGACUGGGAGGGCUACGGUCCAGAGGAGCGCUCCUGGGUACCUUCUCGUACCUUUCCGCCGUCAGCACCCCAACCAUCCCGCUCUGGCGCCAAGAGGCGCACGUUGAGGGGAGGGUACUGUCAGUAUUUGGACUCUGUUUCUGUUUUGACAUGUGUUUUUGUUGUGGUAGUUCCCUGUCGGAUUGGCGCAACUGUUGUGCUACCCUGUUCCGUGAGUUGUCUGUGUUUUUUGGAAAGUAACUUUUCCUGCUUAAGUCUCCUUGAAGGAAUACUUUUUUGAACUGUUAGCUUACAGAAGCUUUUUGUGUUUUUCGGCGUGGAAGCCUACAGUGGUCGUGUGCCCUGUUUUUGUGUUUGCCUUUUUGAUCCUCUGUUUUUUGUGGAAUAAAUCCUACUUUCAUCGAUCUGGGAUUGGGUCCUCUUUUGAAAUCCUGACAGUCUGCUGCAGACUCUGAGAGAGGGCCU